AUCAAAGACCCUUUCAUCUAAUUUUUUUUUUCUUUCCUUUCAGUUCCCAAAACCAGUUUUAUAAUUUUAACUCCUUCGUUUCGCCAUUCUGCGGAAACAGUUUUUUUUUGUUUGCCUGUUUAUGAACUCAAAAGAUCUCAAAGUGGAGAAGCCAAGUGGUUGUUUUCAUCUCCUUGGGAGAAUGAAAUGUUUCUUAUUCCAUCACGGUGACAACAAGAGAGAUGAACAGAAGAGCCCUAAACCGCUCUCACCACUCUCUGACCGUGCUACUGGAUUAUUCAGUCCCCGUGAUGGCUCUGGAACAAGCACUGUUUCUUCAUCCACUGGGAGGAACUCCAACUCCUUGCCCGUUAGAGAGAACAACCUCAGAGAGUUCACCAUUACUGAUCUCAAAGCCGCUACAAAGAACUUCAGCCGCUCUGUUAUGAUUGGGGAAGGCGGUUUCGGUUGUGUCUACUGGGGAACUAUCAAGAGUUUGGAAGACCCUUCCAAGAAAAUCGAAGUUGCAGUGAAACAGCUUGGCAAGAGAGGGUUGCAGGGUCAUAAAGAGUGGGUGACGGAAGUGAACUUUCUAGGGGUAGUGGAGCAUCCAAACUUGGUGAAGCUUUUGGGUCAUUGUGCAGAAGAUGAUGAACGUGGAAUCCAAAGACUCUUGGUUUAUGAAUACAUGCCUAACCAAAGCGUUGAGUUCCACUUAGCUCCACGUUCACCCACUGUACUUACUUGGGACCUCAGGUUGAGAAUAGCACAAGAUGCAGCUCGUGGUUUAACAUACCUCCAUGAAGAAAUGGACUUCCAAAUAAUAUUCCGUGAUUUCAAGUCCUCCAACAUUCUCUUAGAUGAGGAUUGGAAAGCAAAGCUUUCGGAUUUUGGUUUAGCUCGUUUAGGUCCUGAACCUGGAUCAACUCAUGUUUCAACUGGUGUGGUUGGAACAAUGGGUUACGCAGCUCCAGAAUACAUCCAAACAGGUCGUCUCACAUCAAAAAGCGACGUGUGGGGUUACGGAGUAUUCAUCUACGAGCUCAUUACAGGAAGGAGGCCACUAGACAAGAACAGACCUAAAGGAGAGCAGAAGCUUCUUGAAUGGGUGAGACCUUACUUAACUGACACAAAGAAGUUUAGGCUCAUUAUAGACCCAAGGCUGGAAGGAAAAUACUUGAUCAAACCAGUACAGAGACUAGCUGUUGUAGCCAACCUCUGCCUUGCUAGGAACCCAAAGGCACGUCCAAAGAUGAGUGAGGUGUUGGAGAUGGUUACAAAGAUUGUGGAAGCUUCUUCUCCUAGAAGUGGUGGUGCCAAGAAGCAGCUGCUUCCACUAAGGAGUCUAAAUGCUUCUAGAGAUGAGGAAGAGAAGAACAAGAAGGUUGUUGAUGGUGGGGAAGGAGGGUGGUUGGAAAAAUUAUGGAACCCAAAAAAUGUGAGAGCUUGUUGAUUCGGAAUACAAGUACACUACAACAUAUUCAAUUUUUUUUUCUGGUUUGUUAAUUUAAUAUUUGUAACUUAACAGUGGUUGUGUUGUUUCUAUAAUCAGGCAUAUAAUAAACGAUUUUUUUUUUCUAGUUAUAAAACAUAUUCACUUUUUUCUGGUUUGUUAAUUUAAUAUUUGUAAUUUAACAGUGGUUGUGUUGUUUCCAUAAUGAGCAUAUAAUAAACGAAUUAAUAUUUUUUU